CUUCUCUCCCUCACACAGACGCGCUUCAGCUUCCAGUGAGGGAAACUUACCCCAGACUCUCGUUUCAGUCAGAAGAGUCCAAACAUUCCAUCUGAACUCUCAGAGAUUCGGAUAAAACUGCACAAAAAGAAAAAAAAAAAAAAGAAGAAAAAUCCUGAAGGACUCAAAGCUCAACCAAAUGGAGCCAACGCCGGAAUACGCCGACACGUAUGACUAUUAUGACUAUAACGAUACUGGAUGCGACUACUCGGAGUGGGAGCCGUCUUAUUCUCUCAUCCCCGUGCUGUACAUGCUCAUUUUUAUCCUCGGUCUCUCCGGGAAUGGCGUGGUUAUCUUCACUGUCUGGCGCGCGAAAUCCAAACGCCGCGCGGCAGAUGUUUACAUCGGUAACCUGGCGCUCGCGGACCUGACGUUCGUCAUCACGUUGCCGCUGUGGGCCGUGUACACCGCGCUGGGUUACCACUGGCCGUUUGGCGUGGCUCUCUGCAAGAUCAGCAGUUACGUGGUGCUGGUCAACAUGUACGCAAGUGUCUUCUGUCUGACCUGCCUGAGUUUUGACCGCUACCUUGCAAUCGUCCACUCUCUGUCCAGUGGCCGGCUCCGAUCCCGUGGCACCAUGCUGGCGUCUCUGGGUGCCAUCUGGUUCCUCUCGUGCCUGCUGGCCGUGCCGACUCUCCUGUUCCGCACUACAGUGAAUGACGCUGGGAACAACCGCACCACCUGUGCGAUGGACUUCAGCAUGGUCGCUCACAGUCAGGACCACGAAUCCCUUUGGAUUGCGGGUCUGAGCCUUUCCUCCUCCGCUCUCGGAUUUCUUCUGCCCUUCUUGGCCAUGACUGUCUGCUACUGCUUCAUCGGCUGCACGGUCACCCGCCAUUUCAGCCACCUGCGCAAGGAAGACCAGAAGAAGCGCCGUCUUCUCAAGAUUAUCACCACCCUGGUGGUGAUCUUCGCAUUCUGCUGGACGCCUUUCCAUGUGCUGAAAAGCAUGGAUGCCCUGUCCUACCUGGACCUGGCACCCACCUCGUGUGGCUUCCUCAACUUCCUGCUUCUAGCUCAUCCUUACGCCACAUGCCUGGCAUACAUCAACAGCUGCCUCAACCCGUUCCUCUACGCGUUCUUUGACCUGCGGUUUCGCUCGCAGUGCCUGUGUCUGCUGAACCUGAAGAAGGCCAUGCAUGGGCACAUGAGCUCCAUGUCCUCAACCCUCAGCGCCCAGACUCAAAAGUCGGAGGUGCAGUCGCUGGCCACCAAAGUGUGAGGGAUUUCAAUGAGAAGAACAGAAAACAUGAAGUUGAAGAGAAAACACUGGGUUGAAGGGGUUCAAAAAAAAGCUGGAGAUCUACUGACGGCUGGUCCGUUCUGACUGGCGGUGAACUGAUGGACUUUGGAGAACAUAUUGCUUUAUGUUUGUAAAUAACACUCAUAGUUUGGUGUACUCUACUGUAUUCGUGGAUGAAGUGCCGGAAUGAUGUGACUUUGUCUGAAUGCAUGUGUGAAUUUAUGUUUGCUGACACCUUUUCGUCAGCUUUGACACACUCAAAAUCAGGUCAGAUUUGACACAAACAAUGCUGACCACAGUGAUUCUGCUCUGAGGAUGAACUAGAGUCCCAGACUGCAACAUGGUGUCGGCCCAGAUUCGGCUCACAUCUGGACUGUGUGGAAUCCACGUGUGGGCCGGAUCUGGGCUGACACCAUGGGUUGUGCUGUUGUAAGAGUGUGCGUUUGUGUUGAAGCCUGUAUACACUGGUGUAGAGAUGCAAAUUGUACAGUAUUUUCGUACUAUUUUCCUUUCUGCUAAGAAAAUGUUCAGAAAUGUGUUCAGUAUCUGUAGCACUUGUUAAGAGGAGAUAUAAAAAAUUAUAAUUUUUGUUAAACUC